AACGACCAUUAAACACAACGGCCUUAUCGCCCUCGCACAGGUAGCCGCUUUAAUUAACUUCACUUCAGCCGCGCAAACUCGGGGGGCUUUAAGACCCGGCAGAGGAACAAUAGUGAACAUCUGUCGCCUCGGUCUCCGCUGUAUGAAUUGCGCCUGGGCUCCGCUCCGAACGCACACUCGGGCAGCGGCGCGCGGGCGGGCGGGUUUGCCACACAGCGGACGCGCCGGAGCGGACGCCGGGACGCGAGCGGAUGACGCCGGACCAUGAGACGCACUGAGCCGCAGCGAUAACACGGCGCGCCGCAAGAUGAAGACACCUAUGCGCCACGGGGCGGCCGUGCUCCUCGUGCUUCUCCUCUGCGCCAGCCUGCUCCUGGUGUACAACGGCAGCUUCCACGGCGCGUCCAGGGACGCGGCCAACGACACGCGCGCGCGACGGCACGAGCAGCCGCCGCGGCCCACCGCAGCCCCCGCGCGGGCGGCCGAGCCUCGCCCGCCGGUUCUCCAGGGAUACAGCGGCAUCAUCGACCACAAGCCUCUCAGGAUGCACUGCCGCACCUGCGCCCUGGUCACCAGCUCGGGCCACCUGAUCGGCGGCGGCCGCGGCGAGGACAUCGACCGGGCCGAGUGCGUCAUCCGCAUGAACGACGCGCCCACGGCCCGCGGCUACGCCCGCGACGUGGGCCGCCGCACCUCGCUGCGCGUCAUCGCCCACUCCAGCAUGCAGCGGGUGCUGAGGAGCCGCCACGAGCUGCUCAACGCCAGCCAGGACGCCGUCUUCAUCUUCUGGGGCCCCAGCAACUACAUGAGGCGCGACGGCAAGGGCCUGGUGUACAACAACCUGCGGCUGAUGAACCAGGUGCUGCCCAAGCUCAAGGUCUACAUCAUCUCCUGGCAGAAGAUGCUGCAGUUCGACGAACUCUUCAAGAAGGAAACCGGCAAAGACAGGAGGAUAUCAAACUCGUGGCUGAGCACCGGCUGGUUCACCAUGACCAUCGCCCUGGAGCUGUGCGAUAGGAUCAACGUCUACGGCAUGGUCGCCCCUGACUUCUGCAGGGAGCCGCAGCACCACUCCGUCCCCUACCACUACUACGAGCCACGCGGCCCGGACGAGUGCGCCAUGUACAUAUCCCACGAGCGCGGGCGCCGGGGCAGCCACCACCGCUUCAUCACGGAGAAGCGGGUCUUUGCCAACUGGGCACGGACGUUUGACAUCCACUUCUACCAGCCUGACUGGAGCCCCCCGCCCCUGGCAGCCAACCGGACGCUGCAGGGGCCCGACACGGCGGCGCCUUCGCUGCUGCAGAAGACAUGACUUGUGUUGGGAUGAAGCAAACGCUUUGGAGAUUCAUGUCAGGAGACGAUGCCUUGAGGCCUCCUGGACCUUUUAAUGAAACCCAUAAGACAUUGAAGUAGGGAAAAACUCUCUGGUGGGGUGGAUUCUGCUGGACGUUUGUAGUCAACAUUUCUUCAGCUCCUGCUGUGCGUUUUGUUUGCUGAGCUGAACUGACUCAGAGUGAAAACCUUGUGAAGUCAGGUUACACAGAGGGGCCACGUCAACACUCCACUCACUGCAUGUCUCGCUGCCGAUCCUCUUGGUCUUCGCGCACAUGUUUGAGUGUGUGAGCGAGUGUUUAGCUGAGAGAUCACAGAGGGGGCAGAACCUCCUCUGAAUGAAAGCCGCCAUAGGAUUCACAGUUCAUUCAAAGGAAAAAUAUCAUUACAAUGCACAUAAUCGAACAAUGUGGCAGCGGAGACCGAGCGCUGAAUAGUAAUAAUGGCGUCGCCCGACGCGAUUUGGCCGUUUCAAGCAGUGAAUUAUUGGGGAUCAGACACUAUAUUCAUCUGCAGUUUUGAGGUCAAACCGGAUGAAAUCGUAUAGACUCCUGUGUUGAGCAUCACGCGCUCAGACUCAUUUAAAACAGGCCUAUAAAUCACUGGCGUGACUUCCAUUUACGCUGCCUCCCAGACGUGCGCGCGUGCUGUAAGCUCACCAAAGCGUCGCCCAAGUGGAACUGCGACGCCGCUGAAUGACGAGUGUGCGACAGUCGCCGGGAUGGUUUAUCUGGCGCCCGUGCGCCUCCCCGGCCUCCUACAUAUGUAUCAUAGGGCUUUGUCAGCUCCCAUCACCGGUUAAUAGCGCAAUUUAUAUAGCUACAAGCUGGAUUUCCAUGUAAAUGCACAGCCAUGUCACACCAGACAAGUGGGAGAUUAAGAUCGAGGAGAGGGAGGCAGCAGGAGCAUCCAUCCUACUAUACUCGAGCCUGAACAGCCUCGUAGGAGAAUUACAUAUUUAAAAGACUGCUGGGUUUUCUUCCUUCGUUCACCGACGCUCUCUUCUCUGUUGUGUCUUGUGUGUAACACAGCCAGACUCUCCCCUCUCGCCCUGACAUCCCUGGUAUUCCUUCUUUCUGCUCUUUCUCCCUGAAUAAGUAUCAUGUGUCAAGCUGGGAAAAAGUGAUGAGACUGGUGUUUGUCUUAAUGGUACAUCCCGGUGCUAAGUCCGUAUUGAUUUUUGCCCUCAUCUCUGUAAUGAGACGACGGAUGCUGCGGGUCAGAUGCGAGGUGCUCGCACCAUGAAGCGUUUCCUGCGUGGAAGUGAAGGAGCGGUUGCUUCCCACACAUCGCCAGCAGCUGCAGGAGAGCUGCCAGUGCUGGGGGACGCCCGUGUCUGCCAGCUGCCAUCUUUGUACUGUAACACAGAUUUGUUUGCGUUUGGUGUCUGUUUUAUCAAAGCUGAAGUCAGACUGAGCUGCUUAGGGCUGCUAAUACUAUACUGGUAGCACUUAACAGCAUAGUGGAGCAGUAGGAACGAGGUAAUCUGUGGUAAUAAAGUUAACAGCAGUAAUAAUACUGCAAAAGAUAACUAUCUAUACCCACUGUUUCUUCCAAGACAAGUAGUAACUACCACCAUUACUACUACAACCCUGUGUCACCGCCUUUGCCACUGUCCCAGUACCUGGCUGUGUAGAGAAAUGGCACCUAAUUAAUUCAUUAAUUUCAUGACCAAUUCACUUUCUGGUGAACAGAAUGUUGCAAAAUAGUUAAAGGCACCAAGAAGAAAAAUGUCCGAAGAUAUUUACUUUGCAUUGAUGGAAACCAGAGACGUAAUAAAGGAAAUGUUCAAUA